CUUUCCUGAUGCCAGUACUGCUUUAUGUGCUGGCAACUUUCUACAAGUCCUAGCAAAUAAAGUCUUCCUGUGGAUGAUGUCUGUAAUGCCAUUGCCGAAGAUAAAGGAUGGGAGGUAAUGCAAAUGCUGCCUACUCCUAAUGUCCAAAUUGAACAAGCAAGAAGAGGCAGGGGUAUCAACAUCUUCAUCUUCACCUUCUAUCUUGAGGGCUUCAGUACGUUGCUGUGAACAACAUCUACCCAUGGCUUACAAGAUGAAAGGGGUCUUCAAGGGCCUCAGGGUCAUCUCUCAGAUCUUCGUGGUGAAGGAGCAAGAGAUGGACAUUGGAUAUCCAACAGACGUGAAGCAUGUCGCGCAUAUCGGUUGGGAUAGCCCAACGGGGAGUGCUGCUUCUUCUCCUAGCUGGAUGAACGACAUGAAGGGUUCACCGGAUUUUUCCACGUUGAACAACUUCUCACCAUCUACAGGAACCUCCUGGACUUCUCAAGAUUUUGACCAGCCUCGAGACAUAUCGCCAUACGGCAUACUUCCUGAAAAUAGCGGCCAGGAGGCAACCCCGUACCCUGACAUACCAAAGCCACCCAGGAAGACCAGAAGGAAGAAAUCUUCCAAAAACGGCUCGCCAACAGCAUCAGCGAGAUCAUCAAGGUCAUCAAGAUCAAGAUCUAAGGACUCAUUUUCAUCCACUACUCCUGACACCAUUGGUGCACACGACAUACAACGUGAAAUCCGGAUUGUGUAGGCCAUACUGUUCUGUAUCCCCUUUCUCAGGAUUAUGCAAUUAUUACUUAAGGAACAUCUUUGAAUAGGAAUACACAAAUGAUCAUUUUAAUUUUCGAUUGAUUUGAAGUUUAGCUGAAGCACAAAAAAAAAAUACAAAGGUAGGAAGGAUUUCAAGCACGGUUCUGAAACUAUGAUAUGUGAUGUCUA